ACAGGCAGCACCAGGAUAUUGAACCCCUUCGAGCACCUCCUGGGGGAUCCCUGGGUGGGGGUGGGGGUCAGCUGCCCCGUCCCUGCUGCCCAUGGGGUUCCCCUUUCGCCACCCCAGUCUGCGGCAGCAUGGACAUCCGCAAUGACGUCUCCCAGCUCCGGAAGCUGGAAAACUGCUCCAUCAUCGAAGGCAACCUGCAGAUCCUGCUGAUGUUCACCACGGGCGCCGAGGACUUUCGGGGGCUCAGCUUCCCUCGCCUGCUUAUGAUCACGGAGUACCUGCUCCUUUUCCGUGUCUAUGGGCUGGAGAGCCUGCGGGAUCUCUUCCCCAACCUCUCCGUCAUCCGCGGCACCAACCUCUUCUUCAGCUACGCCUUGGUCAUCUUCGAGAUGCCACACCUGCGGGACGUGGGGCUGCACAGCCUGGGCCACAUCCUUCGCGGUUCGGUGCGCAUUGAGCGCAACCAGGAGCUCUGCCACCUCUCCACCAUCGACUGGGGGCUGCUGCUGCCCGACACUGGGGACAGCACCUACAUCGUUGGCAAUAAGUUGGCUGAAGAGUGUGCCGACGUCUGCCCGGGCAUCCUGGAUGUGGAGAAGCCGUGUGUGCAGACCAGCGUCAAUGGACAGCUGGAUUAUCGCUGCUGGACCUCCAGCUACUGCCAGAAAGUGUGCCCGUGUGGUACGGGCUCGGCGUGCACAGCAGCGGGCGAGUGCUGCCAUGCCGAGUGCCUGGGGGGCUGCGGCCGCCCCCACGACAGACGGGCCUGUGUCGCCUGCCGCCACUUCCACUUCAACGGGCACUGCCUGCCCUCGUGCCCACCCCGCACCUACGAGUACGAGGGCUGGCGCUGCGUCACCGCCGAGUACUGCGCCAGCCUCCGCAAGGUCUCUGACAACCCCCGCGACGCCUCCAAGUUCGUCAUCCACCAGCGGCAGUGCCUGUCUGAGUGUCCCUCGGGGUACACCAGAAGUGAGAGCAGCAUGUUCUGCCACAAAUGCGAGGGGCUCUGUCCCAAGGAGUGCAAGGUGGGCACCAAGACCAUUGAUUCGAUGCGGGCAGCACAGGAGCUGGGGGGCUGCACCCUCAUCGAGGGGAACCUCAUUCUCAACAUCCGACGGGGCUAUAACCUGGCCUCGGAGCUGCAGAGCAGCCUGGGGCUCAUUGAGACCAUCACGGGCUUCCUGAAGAUCAAACACUCCUUCGCCCUCGUCUCCUUGUCCUUCUUCAAGAACCUCAAACUGAUCCGUGGUGACUCCAUGGUGGAUGGGAAUUACACCCUGUAUGUCCUGGACAACCAGAACCUGCAGCAGCUCUGGGAUUGGAGCCAACACAUCCUCUCCAUCCCCGUGGGCAAGAUGUACUUUGCAUUCAAUCCCAAGCUGUGCCUGGCCGAGAUCUAUCGCAUGGAGGAGGUGACAGGCACCAAAGGGCGGCAGAACAAGGCAGAGAUCAACCCCCGUACCAAUGGGGACCGGGCGUCCUGUAAGACCCAGACCCUGCGCUUCAUCUCCAACGUCACAGAGUCCGAUCGCAUCUUCCUCAAGUGGGAGCGGUACCGGCCCCCCGAGUACCGGGACCUCCUCAGUUUCAUUGUCUACUACAAGGAGUCACCCUUCCAGAAUGUGUCAGAGUAUGUGGGACAGGAUGCCUGUGGGGCUCAGAGCUGGAAUGUGCUGGACGUGGAUCUGCCCCUGAGCAGCGAGCAGGAGCCAGGGGUGACACUGCUCAACCUCCGUCCCUGGACCCAAUAUGCCAUCUUCGUGCGUGCCAUCACCCUCACCACGGCCGAGGAAGGACGUAACUAUGGGGCACAGAGCGAGGUGGUUUACAUCCGCACCAUGCCGGCAGCCCCGACAGUGCCCCGGGAUGUCAUCUCCAUGUCCAACUCUUCUUCCCACAUUGUGGUGCGUUGGAAGCCGCCAACACAACGCAAUGGCAACAUCAUCUACUACCUGGUGCUGUGGCAGCAGCUGGCCGAGGACAUGGAGCUCUACAUCAACGACUACUGCCACAAAGGCCUGAAGCUGCCCACCAGCAGUGCAGACACACGCUUCGGGUUUGGGGAUGGUCCUGAGGGGGAGCAGGAUGCAGAGGAGAGGUGCUGCCCCUGCCGCCCCACUGACGGGCAGCUCCGCAUGGAGGGUGAAGCCGAAUCCUUCCAGAAGAAGUUUGAGAACUUCCUCCACAAUUCCAUCACCAUCCCCAGACCACCCUGGAAGGUGACGUCCAUUAAUAAGAACCCACAGAGGGAUGUGGUGGCUGUCACAUCCCCAGCCAACACCUCCUCAGCGGAGCCGCUGGCCCCAAGCCACCCCGGAGGCGAGCCCAAGCCUGACUUCCAGAUCUUCGAGGACAAGGUGGUACGUGACCGGGCGGUGCUGUCACGGCUGCGCCACUUCACCGAGUACCGCAUUGACAUCCACGCCUGCAACCACGCCGCGCACACCGUGGGCUGCAGCGCUGCCACCUUCGUCUUCGCCAGGACCAUGCCCGAGCUGCAAGCUGACAACAUUCCGGGCAAUGUCACGUGGGAGCCGGCUGGCAAGAACAGUGUCCUGCUGCGCUGGGAAGAGCCCAGGAACCCCAACGGGCUCAUCCUCAAGUAUGAGAUUAAGUACAGCCGGGAGAGUGAGGUCACUACUGUUGUCUGUGUUUCACGCCACCGCUACUCCAAGUAUGGGGGUGUCCACUUGGCUCUGCUCCAGCCAGGGAACUACUCAGCCAAGGUCCGGGCCACCUCACUGGCUGGCAACGGCUCGUGGACGGGUCUCAUCAAGUUUUACAUCAUGGGGCCAGCUGAGGAAGAAUCCAGCAGCUUCUACGUCCUGCUCACUGUCACACCUGUGGUGCUUAUGGUGCUCAUCUCCUGCCUGGCUGUCUUUGUCUUCUUCUACAACAAGAAGAGGAACAAUAACGGGUACCCCAGCGGGACUCUCUACGCCUCUGUCAACCCUGAGUACUUCAGCGCCUCGGACAUGUACAUGCCUGAUGAGUGGGAGGUGUCCCGGGAGAAGAUCACAGUGAUCCGGGAGCUGGGACAGGGCUCCUUUGGGAUGGUGUAUGAAGGGGUGGCACUGGGGCUGGUCACGGAGGGAGAAGAGACCAAGGUGGCCCUGAAGACGGUCAACGAAUUGGCCACCAUGCGGGAGCGCAUAGAAUUCCUCAACGAGGCCUCUGUCAUGAAAGCCUUCAAGUGCCACCAUGUGGUCCGUCUGCUCGGCGUUGUAUCCCAGGGCCAGCCAGCUUUGGUCAUCAUGGAGCUGAUGACACGUGGGGACCUGAAGAGCUACCUGCGGUCACUCAGGCCUGAAGCUGAGAACAACCCUGGGCUGCCACCACCAUCACUCAAGGACAUGAUCCAGAUGGCAGGGGAGAUCGCCGAUGGCAUGGCCUACCUCAGCGCCAACAAGUUUGUGCACCGGGACCUGGCUGCCCGUAACUGCAUGGUGUCCGAGGAUUUCACUGUCAAGAUUGGAGAUUUUGGCAUGACCCGGGAUAUCUAUGAGACGGAUUAUUACCGGAAAGGGGGAAAGGGGCUGCUCCCCGUGCGCUGGAUGUCCCCCGAGGCGCUCAAAGACGGCAUCUUCAACACGCAGUCUGACGUCUGGUCCUUCGGGGUGGUGCUGUGGGAGAUCGCCACGCUGGCUGAGCAGCCCUACCAGGGCAUGUCCAACGAGCAGGUCCUGCGCUUUGUCAUGGACAACGGCAUCCUGGAGCGGCCUGAGAACUGCCCUGACAAACUCCACGAGCUGAUGUGCCUGUGCUGGCAGCAGAACCCACGCCAGCGUCCCUCCUUCGUCCAGCUCCUAGAGCGCAUCAAGGACCACAUGGCACCUGCUUUCCGCACCCUCUCCUUCUUCUACAGCCCUGAGAACGGCCAUCAUGGCUCAGGAGAACCCUCCAACACCGAGAUAGAUCCGUCCCCUGAAGAGGAUGAGCCCCCUGCAUCCCCCCUGCCCACACGCAAGGACCACAGCCCAGACCAGCUCCCCAAUGGGACAGCCUCACUCUGACCCUGGGGUGUCUUGGACCCCCGCUGGACUCUGCACCCCACGCCCUUCUCUGGCCACCCCCCACUGCUGGGACCCCCUGCAUUAUUUAUUGCUUCCAAGGGCUCAGCCAAGGAGUGGGUGCCUUGGGAAGAGGGUGGCAGCAAGACAAGGAUGUUCCAUGGGAUGCAUUUUCCCUGAAAAUAAAUUGGAGGUGCUCCAUAUUGGGGGGAGGGAGUGUGGGGCUGCUGGUUGGGAGGAGAACAUCCCAGUCUUUCCUUACUUUUUUGGGGGGGGCGUGGGAUAAUGUGGGUAUGAAAAUGGGUAGCAGGGUUUGGCAUUCGGGGUCCCCCAUCAAUCUGCCUCUGUCAUGGCUCCCCAGCUGCCUGGCAAACAGGUCAGCUACCCCUGUGAUCCCUACACCUUUUACAGGUGAGGAAUCUGAGUCACGGGGCAGCCCUGCAGCGAGAGAAGCCUGGGGCUGUCCUGAUGUCUCUCCCCAGUCCCCUGCACUGGGACCAGUGCCGAGGUCGUGCUGGUCCACGGAGAGGGUGUCACCAUCUAA